AUGAAAAGCGCUAAGAAAAGCGCUAAGAAAAGCCCUAAGAAAAGCCCUAAGAAAAGCGCUAAGAAAAGCGUUCCAUCAUCUGAACCACGUCCUUCAACUUCAGGAGGAUUUAUGGAUUCCUCUGCAGAACAUCGAUCUCAAGAGCAGCCCGAUUUACGUAAACAAGCAUUUGAACAACACUUAAAAACUAUUAAAGAAACUGUAAAGAGAACUGUAAAGAGCGCUGUGGAGACUAGAAUAAGUAGCCCGCCCGGUCCAUCACCUGAACAAACGACAAAAAACCCAUCAGGCCCAGUUGAUAAACCAAAUCUUACAACGUCAACAACAUAUGGUAUGGAUUCCUCUGCAAAUCUACCGGUCAAUUGGUUGGAUGUAUUAAAAGACUUACAGAAAAUUAAUAAAUCCGUUAUAGAAGCCGUUAUAGAAGCCGUUAUAGAAGUUAUGGAAAGCGCUAAUAGCCCGUCCGUUCCAUCACCUCAACCAGAUCCUUCAACUUUAAGGGAAUAUGAUAGGGAUUCCUCUGAACGUAGAAGUGGAAAACAACCUGACUCGCAAGUUCUAUCAUCUGAACAAACGACAAAAGACUCAGGCGAUGAUGUGGAUGCCGUUCUUCAAAAUAUAGCUACACCUAAAGAACCAUUCGACCUAGACGAAAUUGAUAUGAAAUUUUUAGAAGAAACUAGUAGACGCGAUUCUACAAUACAUAGCCCGUCCGUUCCAUCAUCUGAACCAGGUCCUGCAACUGCAGAAAGAUAUGAUAUAAAUCCCUCUGAACGUGAGAACGAUGAUAAAACUAGAAGUGGAGAACAACCUGACUCGCAAGUUCUAUCAUCUGAACAAACGAGGAAAAGAAAGGGAGCAGUUGAUGAGUAA